AUGUCGCUGAAAGGCAAGGUAAUUGCCAUCACCGGAGGUGCAUCAGGAAUGGGCCUAGCCACAGCCAAGCUUCUUAGCUCACGUGGCGCAAUCGUCUGCAUUGGAGACAUCUCCCGCGAAUCUAUCGACAGUGUGAUGAGAAGUGUCUUUCCAACACAGGCCAAGGUUUCGGUAGUUGAUGUUUCAAAUCGAAAGUCAGUUGAUGAUUGGAUUGAUGAGAUUUUUAAGGAGUUUGGGAAGCUGGAUGGUGCCGCCAAUUGCGCGGGGAUCAUUAGUAAACAUUUCGGAACAAAGAAGAUUCAGGAAUUGGAGGACGAGGAUUGGGAUAAAAUCAUUGCGGUCAAUCUUACUGGGAUGAUGUACUCUUUGAGGGCUGAGCUAUCAAGGAUGGAAGAUGGUGGAAGUAUUGUCAACAUAGCAUCAGUGGCAGGAACACAAGGUUUCCCAGGAUGCGCUCCUUACGUCGCCAGUAAACAUGGAGUUAUUGGUCUCACUCGUAGUGCUGCGAAAGAAGUCGGUGAUAGAAAUAUCCGAGUGAAUGCUUUGGCUCCAGGUCAAAUCAAUACACCAAUGAUGGCGCAAGCUCAAGAGAUUGGUAUGGAGAGCAUAUUCAAUUCUGCUGUCUUGAAUCGACUUGGUACUGCCGAGGAAAUGGCUGCGAUGAUUGCCUUCUUGUUAAGUGAGGAAAGUUCCUAUGUUACUGGGGCAGUUUAUACUGCAGAUGGUGGAAUGAGUACUUGA